CAACCCACCACAAAAAUAAAUUCAUAAAAGAUUAGUUUGAAAAUAUACAUUAUGCAUGGAUAUAUGUCGAUACGCCUAUAUAAAAAGACAGUGGCAUGCAAAAAGGCUUAUCAUCUUCUUCUUUAAGCAAAAAAAAAACUUCAAACACUUCCUCUUCUUCAUUCUUCAUCUAAAACAAUGGCUGGAGUUGCCUUUGGUUCUUUUGAUGAUUCUUUCAGCUUGGCUUCUCUAAGGGCUUACCUGGCUGAGUUCAUCUCCACUUUGCUCUUUGUUUUCGCUGGUGUUGGUUCCGCCAUUGCCUACGCGAAGCUGACGUCAGAUGCGGCUCUUGAUACCCCGGGGCUUGUCGCCAUUGCUGUAUGCCAUGGUUUCGCCCUCUUCGUGGCGGUUGCAAUCGGAGCCAACAUCUCCGGUGGCCAUGUGAACCCAGCCGUCACUUUUGGCCUUGCUGUCGGUGGUCAAAUCACACUAAUCACCGGAGUUUUCUACUGGGUGGCUCAGCUCCUCGGCUCUACCGCCGCUUGCUUCCUUCUCAAAUACGUCACCGGUGGUUUGGCAGUUCCAACCCACAGCGUUGCUGCUGGAGUAGGAGCGAUAGAAGGAGUAGUGAUGGAGAUCAUCAUCACCUUCGCUUUGGUCUACACCGUCUACGCCACCGCCGCUGAUCCCAAGAAAGGUUCUCUUGGAACCAUCGCUCCUCUGGCCAUUGGUCUAAUCGUCGGUGCCAACAUCCUCGCUGCUGGUCCAUUCUCCGGUGGAUCCAUGAACCCAGCACGUUCCUUUGGACCCGCUGUUGCAGCAGGAGACUUCUCUGGUCACUGGGUCUACUGGGUUGGACCACUCAUUGGUGGUGGACUCGCUGGAAUUACCUACGGAAAUGUCUUCAUGACUUCCGAACAUGUUCCCCUUGCUUCUGAGUUCUAAGCAAGAAAUGUGAAGCUUCAUAUUUCUGUGUUUGGUUUCUUUGUCGUUUUAUCUGGAGUUUGGUCCCGCUUCAUUGUAAUUUUUAUCGGAUGUGUAUGAAUGUCAUUUAAUGGAAGGCUAUUUUGGUUGAUAAUGAA